CCUAUUUAAAACAAAUAUAAUCGGUCUUUAUAGAGGAAUCAGGACAGAGCAUGUGUGCAUACUGCAGAAAAUUAGGAAAACUUCUAUCAAUGUCCAUCUUUUUCUCAUCGCCACCUAUCGUCUUAUUUAGGAUGGCCAGGACAGGGGGAUGCCAGAUGUUGUGACAGAUAACAGUGUAGUGAUUUUCUCCACAAAUCGGACAGAAAGAUGGGGUCUUUGGAGGAAAAGAUUGAUAGCUACUUUUCCUCCAUAAACCCUUUAGCAAGAAAGAUCAUGCUAGAACGGAGCCAGGUAAAAAAUACGUACGGAAAGGCUUGGGACAACUUUUCGUUUGAGGACCAGGAAAAGUUGAUAGACCAACAUUUCAUCGGCCCCGAAGUGGAAGAAAAGUAUCAGGACUACCUAAGCCCAUCUCCAGUACCUCAGUGGUUUCCUAAAUUGAAAAUAGAUUGUGGAGAAAAAAUCAUAAUAGAUUUUGAUAAUGAAGGUUGGACAUGGCAGGAUGAGCACUCGGGUCCAUUCAGUUGGGAAACAAAGAGCAUGCAGAAUUUGUCCCUUCUUGACAUUGGUGCCGAAGAGGAAGGAAAGAAAUCAAAAAGGUCUUCAGGUGCAAUAUCCCAAUCAAGAGAAAACUCCACAGAAAGAGAUGGCAACAAAGAUGUGCCUUGGAAACGAGAGAAAAGCAUCUGGCAGUCUCCAUUUCUUCUGUCUGACAGAGGUCUAUCAGUACCCAUGGACUCUGGCUACCCCAGCAGCCAAAGCAGUGAACACCAUGAAGAAUUAGAUGAUGUAUUUCAAAGAUUUGGAAUUACUUUCCAGAAAGGAGUUCAAGGAAACAAGUAUACAAGUCCUGUGGAAGAGCUGACAUCUGGGGAAAUGUUGCCAAGAGAUGCUGGCAUUAUAGACAGACCUUAUGAAGAUUAUUCUAGUCCAGGUCAGAGCAUGGGUCCAGGAUCUAGACACUCCUCUUUUAGAGGGAAGUCUCCAUCGCGUCAGGCAUCUGUUAGAUCACAACAGUCAUCUUUUACCGACAAACCCCCUUCUCGACAGUCUUCUGUUAGAUCAAGGUCGUCCAAUUCAGAUACAAGAAGUCCCUACCAUCCCACAGACACGUACACCAACACACAGCAAGGAUCCCUCAGAUCAACACCAGAAAGAAGUUUCAGCAGGACUUCAUCCCAGCGGUCUUCCAGGAGAACAUCUCCUGAGCCAUCAUUUACCAGAGAUUCCUCUACUCAAGGAUCCAUGAGAAAUGCAAUAGAAAACAUCUUCGUAAGAAGUGCCACUAACAGAGUUUCUGCCAGAAGCUUCCAGGAUUCCACUGCUGUGCUAGUCAGAAGCCCUUCCAGGCAUUCUUCCAUUAGACGCACACCAGAACGAGACAUGUCAGGUCUGCGUGGCUCCUUCCACAGUCCGCCACAGUCACUGAGUCGCUCCUCUUCUCGUCAAGGGUCCCUAAAAGGACGUUCACCUUCUUUGAGCCCCUCUGGAAGGUCUUCCUUCAGACAGGUCCCCAGUAGAACCCCUUCACGCCAGUCCUCCAUCAGGAGCCGCAGUCGCAGUAGUAGCAUGGAAAAUGAUGCCUACAUGGAGACAGAAUCCAGUGGUAGAACUGAGAAUACUGCUGGUGUUGCAAGAACUGGGUUUGACUUUCUGGAUAACUGGUAAUGUGAACAAGUCGGAUACCAAUUUACAGCAUGGCCUUGUUGAAAGAUUGGACAUGCCAGGGCUGCCUUGUUAACUGACAACUAAUCCUACUCAUUCAAGAAUAUAAAACAGCAUUAACAGUCUUCCCAUUCAAAAAGCACAUGAAAGCUUUUAUAGUCAGCAUUAAUAAUAUGGAGAUUACAAAUCAUUACAAGAUAACUCUGUACUUAAAAAUCAAACAAAUGCAAUGUGAUUAUUGUGUGGCAUAUUAUGAAAUGACUUUUGCAAUUUGAUUUGUUUUCUUUAAUUCGUGCAAAUAUUUUUAGUUUCUACAUAUAUUUUUGUUUUGUGUAAAAUGAGAUUAAUGUAUGAUAUUUAUUUAAAGUGAUCAUAGUACGAUAAGAUCCAUUUUCAGUGUUUGAUGGCACGUAUAGAAAAUCAAAAAGUUUAUUCUUUCAGGACAAAUUUUUUCAUUGUUUUGAUGCAGUAUUGAGUUUUUCAGUAGCUGAUUUAUAUAUAUUUAUGAAACUAUAACUUGCAAUCAGUGACAUUUGCAUUUUUUUUUCAAUUUAUUAAGUACUUUGAUAUUUAUAUGGGUAAUCUAUCAAAAGUCAUCAGAUUAAAUUUGCACAAAAAAUUUUUGUGUCAGAAAAUUGAUUUUUUUUUUCUGGUAGAUUAGGCAGUAUUUAAUGCAUAAAAACGGAUAACUCUUUCACAUUUUAUAUUAUUAGUUCCAUUUUAUGAUGUAUUGUCAUUUGCAAGCCCUUUAUAUUUCAUUGUUGUCAACUUUGUAGUCCAAACCGUUAUCUACAUGUAUAUAUGACCUAGUAAUAUUUGACUUGUGCAAACAUUUCUAUGCAAGCUGUUUACUUUUCUAUUGAACUUGUCAUACAGGCUGCCUUUAUCAAUGCCUGUCAGCAUUAUAUAUAUAUAUACAUUUACUAAUGUUUUUUUUAAAUUGAUGUUAUGUACAACUAGUUGAUAUUUCACUAGUUGACGAAAUCGUCAUUUUUGACGCGAGCUAUGUGACUUUUCAUGUAUUCUAGUCGUUUCAACUUCGAGCUUUUGUCUAAGUCGAUACAUUAUUUCAUUAGUCUACAUUGUAUUCUCUAUAUAUGGUUUUGGGGUACAACUAAUGCUCAUUCAGUUUUGUUAACACUUUAUUUUAACUCAAAUAAAAUGUGUUAUGCAUUCUGUAGAAAACGGUGGUUCUAUCAUUAUUCUAUUUUUUACCACUUUAAAUAUCAUGAACGUGAACUGACGCAACAUGUACAACUUGAUAUCAGAUCUUGCCCUUAGCUUUUCAAACUGAUAAAAUGAGUCUCUCUUGGAUAACAAUAAAGAUUUUGGUAAACUGGAUCAGCGCCCACUGUUUCAGGCUUGCAAUCUCUCUCUCUCUCUUUCCUUCAUGUAAAGUGUUAGCCUUCUCCCAGUCCUUCAGAAGUCUCACUUUUCCUG